CCCAAGCCAACGCGCUCAGCCCUUGUUUUCCCCCCCAUCAGGAUUUGUCCUUCCCAAAGCUUGGGCGGAUGGAGGAGGAGGCUGUGAGGAAGAGGAAGAUGCCUUGGGCCCCCCAGGCAGGUGAGGAGGAAGUCAGUGUCCCUUUGGGCGGGUGUUGUGCUGGCUCUGUCAGCCCAGCAUGGCCCCGGCUGCAGGACAACCCCGCUGGCGCCGCCGUCCUGCCGGGGCCGGAGUUGGGGGGAUGUCCUUGGCCUUCCCUGUGGGCCGGAGGCAAAUCCCCUGCCUGUCCUUCUUGCUUCCUGCCCCAGGCCCCGAGCUGAGGACAGAGAGCCCGGAGGACAAAUCCCCCCGUGAGACCCUGGUGGGAGAGGCCGUUUUGAAGGGCUCCCCGGCGCAGGAAGGCAGCGGGGAGGAAAAGGGCCGGAGAUCCCCCCGCAGGAGGGGCUCCAAAGCCAUCCCAGGGUGCUCUGAGGAGGAAAGAACCAGCCUGUGCCAGGAAGGCGGCUGGAGCUUGAGCCAGAGCUCUGACCUGGUGGUCCCUGAUCAGCCUCCCAGCAGAGAGAAGCCCUUCAGGUGCUUGGAAUGUGGGAAGAGCUUCAGUCAGAGCUCUCACGUGCUCCGACACCAGGACAUGCACACUGGGGCACGUCCCUACACGUGUGGAGAAUGUGGGAAGAGCUUCAGCCAGAACUACCACCUCCGCACCCACCAGCGCAUCCACAGUGGGGAACGGCCCUACAAGUGUGAGGAAUGUGGGAAGAGCUUCAGCCGGAGGUACCACCUCUGCACCCACCAGCGCAUCCACAGUGGGGAACGGCCGUACACAUGUGAGGAAUGUGGGAAGAGCUUCAACCGGAGCUUUCACCUUCGUUCCCACCAGCACAUCCACACUGGAGAAUGUCCUUACACGUGUAGGGAAUGUGGGAAGAGCUUCAGUCACAGCUCCACCCUCCGCAAACACCAUCGCAUCCACACUGGGGAACGGCCCUACAAGUGCUUGGAAUGUGGGAAGAGGUUUCCAACCAGGGGGAAUCUCUACACGCAUGAGCGGACGCACACGGAUGAGAGGCCCUUCUGCUGCACCGACUGCGGGAAACGGUUCAAGGAGAAAUCCCAUCUUGUCACCCACCGACGCAUCCACACCGGGGAGAGGCCCUACAAGUGUGGGGAGUGUGGGAAGAGAUUCACCCAGAUUGGUGUCUUGACCAAACACCAACGGACCCACCAGUAAGGGAAGCCCUACCAGUGCCCCGACUGCAGG